AUUACCCUCUCGAUCACCCAGCAACCACACCCCCUCGCGUCGACACCGUUAUCCUUCCCAUGCCGUAUCUCGCCCACGUACUGGGCACUCGCUGGUCCAUCCCUAAUGCCCUAGGAGAUGGUAACCUCCUACUCGUCAGCGACAUCGUCAAGCUCUACGUCGAGCAUGAUACUCACCUGCGCGCGGGAACGGUCUCCUCGCUGUGCACCCCCAUCGGCUACGACGAGUUCGUCCUGGCAUUUAACAAUCAGCAGCUCAAUAAUACCCUACCAGAAAGACUCACCUUGGCUGGUCCUAAUGGGCCCCAGAUAUCUGGUCCUGCACCCACCAUCCAUGACCUAGUUGGACCCCUCCCAUCCAUCCCACAGCCCACCAACCCAACCGCGCACGCGCGCAUUCCAGAAGGUGGGCGCUACUUGACGCCUCAACGGGCGGAGCUGAUGGAGGAAGCGCUGUGGAUGUCGUUGGAAUCCACUAAGCGCAAGAGGGAGUGGAGGGAUCGCGCAAUCGCUGACCGGAAGUCCAAGAGAGCUAAGGGCUGGGUUAGUGGGCAUCAUGACAGAAGGGAGGGUGCUCACCAGGACCUCGCCUUGGAGGCGCCUAACGAUAAUUCGUUGGCUCAGGCUUCUGGUUCAACUGCUAGUACCAGCAGUACCGGACAGGGGCUCGGGAUGGAUAUUGAUGGCGGGAACGGAACCUCCGCACGUGCUAUUGAAAAGAAGAAGAAAGUUGCUUGAAGGGCGUGCAAGAGCUGACAAAUAACGAUGACGAAAUCAGCUGAACAGCGGAUGAGCGCUUAUGACAGCGGAGAAGCGCGUAUACCAUUUUGACUUGUGAUUGUUGUUUCUUAUUUAUCACGGGCUUCAUACUAAAUACCUACUUAAGUAGUAUACCCUUGUACUGAAGCCCUAGUUCUUUUCCAAUCAACCCAGACUUUUGCUUGGCUAUUGCGUUGUGGGAAGACUCUUCUUACCUUGUGCCGAUUACUCAAGCAUUACCCUUCGAGCAAGCGUCACA